AUGUAGGAAUUAGAAGAGUUCUUAGAAAAAUAAAAGGAUUUAAACAUCAAAAUGCUGACAGACAUCCUCCAAACCUAAAGUCUCAUCCAACAUAAUUUGUCUAUUGGAUUAGACUCUCUAAAAAAAUGCGUCGAAAAUUUACCUACUAAAAUUGUCCCUAAACAGGGGUUGUAAUCCAGAAUAACCAUACAUAGACAGAAGUAUCAGGUUAAUUCUACUUAGUCAACAUCAAUUUAUUUUGAGUCAAUUGAGUCAUAAGAAUUUUAUAUCAUACUUGAAUUUAGAAGAGGAGAUCAAGGAAAUCUAUAGAGACAGAAUGUUCAAUCUGUCCGUUAGUUUGAGAGACAUGAAUGGAGAUCUUAUACAGGAUGAAGACUGUCCUAUAUUCUUGAGAAUGUAAAAUUACCUUACAACUCAGAUACACAUCAGAGAAAUUUCCAAAGGAAGUUGAUUCAAACAUUAGAGGCAAACCAAUAUUAAAAGGCUAAACAAAAAUACUUAUCAGAGGAAAAGCUGAAUUUUAAAGAAUCUCAAUCACUGAAGUUUUAACAUCACAUAAAUAUUAUAUUAGGUUUCCUCUCAUUUCCCUUCAGGAAAAUUUCUUUUAGUGAUAUUUUCUGAGAAAUUUUACAUCAAACCCUUCAUAAUUGAUAAUUUAAUUGUUAAAGCCAAAAAAUUGCUCAAAUGA